AACUGUUUCCCCAUUCUCGAUCCCUCCUCCUCCUCCUCUCUCUCUCUCUCUCUCUCUCUCUCUCUUCACUCUCGCAUUAAUCCAAUUAUCCUCCAUCUCCUUUGGUGGCAGCAACCUGCAACCAUCGCAGGUAGCCACGCCGCCGCCGUACACACCUCCCUCUGUCUAACUCUCUUACUCUUAUUUUAUUUAUAGUAGCACGGCGCCGCCGCGGGCUCUGUUUCCCCCAUUGAUUUCGCCACCUCAAUCUGGACCAGUACAACCCUGCUCUCCUUUUCUUUGGUAGACAUCAAUUCAAGUUGUUCCUUCAAAUUGGGGCGUGGCAUUACCUUCUAUUCAAGUUUUCAAUUUUUUCAUCUUCUCUUCUUAAUAGAAGAAAACAAAAAGCAGCUUGAUAAAAAGGUUAAUCUCAUAUUUGAGUAUACUUGAGUCAUAUCAAGAGUCUCUCAGCUAGCCGUAGGGUGACAAGCAAAUUCGUAAUCGGACUUCGGCUGCGUUCGUCUCUGAGGCAGCAGGGAGUGAUAUCAUAUUUUGUCCAGAAGUAACAUUCAACUGAAAUCUUGGACUGAAAUGUAUCCCUUUUGAUCAUCGACCAUCGGUAGCAAUUGCAGCUCAAACUCGAUGGGCUUGAUGGAGGAGAAGCGUGAAAAUCAGCUGCUGAUAUUGUAUGCUUCACAGACAGGAAAUGCAAUGGAUGCUGCUGAGUGGCUCGGCCGCGAAGCCGAGCGCCGUGGUUGCCCUUCCAUUUCUGUCCUCUCCAUGGAGGAAUUUCAUCCUAGCGAAUUGCCGAACAAGGAAGACGUGAUUUUUGUUGUGUCAACCACGGGUCAGGGGGACAAUCCAGAUUCGAUGAAGGGGUUUUGGAGGUUCUUAUUGCAAAAGAAUUUGACAGACGACUGGCUUAAAGGAGUUAACUAUGCUGUGUUUGGACUGGGCGAUUCAAGCUACCAAAAGUAUAAUUUUGUAGCAAAGAAGCUGGACAAGCGGCUAUCAACUCUUGGUGCGACACCGAUUAUUGAAAGAGGCCUGGGAGAUGAUCAGCAUCCUUCAGGGUACGAAGGAGCUCUGGAUCCAUGGAUGUCCUCCUUGUGGAAUAUAUUGUAUCAGAGGAAUCCCAGGUUGCUUCCAAAUGCUACAACUCCAGAUGCUACUUUGAUAGAUCAACCUAAAGUGCAAGUUAUAUAUCAUGACACUGAAGAAGGCGUGUCACCUGUGACAACUAGCACAGAUUUCAACUAUCUCGAGAUGCAACUUGAGAAGACCCAUUCCAUGAAUCCUGCAAAAUUUUCUGGAAAAAAGAGGCCCGAUUGCUUCCUCAAACUGACCAAGAAUGAUCGGUUAAGUAGAGUGGAAAGUGGAAAGGAUGUACGGCACUUUGAGUUUGAAGCUGUUUCAUGUUCAAUAGAUUAUGAUGUAGGCGACAUUCUUGAGGUUCUUCCUGGCCAAAGUCCUGAAGCAGUUGAUGCUUUUAUGCAACGGUGUAAUUUGAACCCUGAAUCAUACAUAACUGUUCAAGCAAGAAAUAAUCAGAACCAUGGUUUUCUGAAACCUUCUUCCCCUGUGAAGUUAAAAUCCUUUGUUGAGUUGACAAUGGAUGUUGCAUCAGCUUCUCCUAGACGCUAUUUUUUUGAGGUCAUGAGUUUUUUUGCCACUGCUGAACAUGAAAAGGAAAGGCUUCAAUAUUUCGCCUCAUCUGAAGGAAGAGAUGAUUUAUACCAGUACAACCAAAAGGAAAGGAGAACUGUCCUUGAGGUGCUGGAGGAUUUUCCUUCUGUGCAGAUGCCCUUUGAAUGGUUGGUACAGCUGGUUCCUCCACUGAAAACAAGGGCCUUCUCCAUCUCUUCGUCUAAUUCAGCUCAUCCAAAUCAGGUGCACUUAACUAUUAGCGUGGUGUUAUGGACAACACCUUACAAGAGGAAACGCACUGGUCUUUGCUCAUCAUGGCUUGCCGGUCUUGAUCCUGAUCAGGGAGUCCCUAUACCAGCAUGGAUUAGCAAAGGUUGUCUUCCUCCGCCACCACCAAUACUUCCUCUGAUUCUUGUUGGACCUGGAACUGGAUGUGCCCCUUUCCACGGGUUUGUCGAGGAAAGAGCUAUUCAGAGUAAAAUUGUUCCAACUGGUCCUGUUGUUUUCUUCUUUGGGUGUAGAAAUGAGAAGGACGAUUUCCUAUACCGGGAUUUUUGGCUGUCACAUUCUCAGAAGAAUGGAGUACUCUCUGAAGAGAAAGGUGGAGGAUUCUAUGUCGCCUUUUCGAGGGAACAGCCGCAUAAAGUGUAUGUACAGCACAAAAUGAUGGAGCAAAGUACGAAAAUAUGGAGUUUGCUAAGUCAGGGUGCUGCUGUUUAUGUUGCUGGAUCUGCAAAUAAAAUGCCUGCUGACGUAUUGUCAUCAUUGGAGGAAAUCAUUUCGAACGAAACUGGGGUUCCAAGAGAAGCUGCAUCGACGUGGAUUCGGACACUAGAAAGGGCUGGCAAGUAUCAUGUUGAGGCUUGGUCUUGACCAGUUGACCUUCUUACAACUUCCAUUGCAAUGUAUUACAGGCAUGGAGGUGACGAUGUCGUUUGUUUUUCAACUGUUGUGAGCGGAUUUUAGCAAUAUUUAUUGGUGAAGAUCACCUAAUAAGUCAAACUUUAUUUUUUGAAAGUUGAAACUUACAUUUUUCCGUGCACUUGAUCAUUUACUGGGAAUUCAUUGUUCUUAAUUAAUUUAUGAUACACUUUUUUGCUUG